CAGUCGCUGUGAAUAGACGUUGUCUUGGCUACCACUUGGCCAGCUCUCCGAAUCCAAAGAAGUUCCUUUUUACCCUCACCACACACACACACACCGAGAAAUAGCUGAAAUAAGUAUGUUCAAGCUAUUUAUGCUAAUGCUAGUGAUGGUGGGCGGUGCCUGGAGCGUACAGGUGGCCACAGCCAGGACAACAGGAGCUGACUUGGCCACGGCAGAAACCUCAGCAAAGUUUUUGAAUCUUUUUGGUGGCGGUGGCAACAACGGAUAUCCCAACUAUGGCUAUAAUUAUCAGCGACCACCGACAUAUCCUGGCUAUGGCUAUACCGGCAGCAAUGGAUAUUAUGGCAAUUCGGGCAGCUAUUAUCCAACGUCUGGCAGUUAUUAUCCCAGCACUGGAGGCAGCUAUUAUCCCACUACCGGAGGCAGUUAUUAUCCAACGACUGGCGGCUAUCCGAAUACGGCAGGCAGCUAUUAUCCCACAACAAAUAUCCUGGGCUCACAAGGAGGCUAUGCCGGCUAUGGCGGCUAUGGAGGUAAUGGCGGUUUGAGGCAAUAUUCAGGCUAUUGGCAGCGCGACUAUCAGGGCCAAAGGAAUCGUGGCUAUGGCUACUAUGAGAAUACAGAUCGUUUGGGACUGCCAGAACAUCGCCAGCAGUCGCCAGCAGAUCGUUCUUAUGGCUACUCGGGCUAUGGUUCCAACUCUGGUUAUGGUUCCAGCUAUGGUUCCUCUUCCUCGUAUCGAGGCUAUGACUAAGUAUCGUUCUGUGAUCUCCCAUUUGUUGCUUUGUUAUUGCCUUUUGUUAUACAUUUUAAUCAUCUUUUUUUCCUCUCUUUCCUCUCUCAUUUCAUUCUAUAAC